AUGGCGGCCGACUUAUCUCUCUGGCAACGCUUGAUUGAGGUUGAAACUCAACCCUCGAUCCUGCGAGAGGAUGCAAUGAUGACAUGGUUGAAGCGUCGUGUCAAGGACCCUUCCCUCUCCAUCAACCGUUGGGUUGCUAACCUCCUAAACCGGGAUGGCUCCUUCUCCGAGAUGGAUCGUGUGAUGGAAAACGAUCAGCUGCUCGCAGUCGGCGACUCGGACAUGAGCACGUCUGACUCGGAUGCGUUGCACGCGCUCCUCGAGUCUCCGCCAGAGAAAGUUGUCAUCAGGGUCGGCAGGCCAUGCACCCAUGUCAAGUCACUGGCGCGGCUCCGAGGCCCAUCCCCGCUAGGUGAGCUUGCAAGUGCAGAGAACAGCGCCCUGUUUCUCUUGAGGUGCUCGGCCGACUCAAGCUUGGUCCUAAGCUGUUUGGGAUAUAACCCGAACAGCAGCAAGCCGCCGCCUGAGCAGCAAGCCCCAAGAUGGGCUGCCACCCGGAGCAUCACCAAAGAGUUCGAAGAUGCAUACAGGAAGCACGACAACGUGCUUUUUGUCCUGUGCUUCAAGAGGACCUUUGCGGGCAUACUCCGUAUGUCCGGGGUUGCAGAUCUCGAGAAGUACGGAGGCCCAGCAUUCUGGGCCUGGAAUGAGGAUGACUUGCGCUCAGUUCGGAACUGGGGAGCCUUGCUGAACCCGGGCAACUUCCCUGUGACGUGGUUCGCUGAAUUGGAUGAGGACAUGGAUUCUUGCCCCAGACUUCAUCCCGACAUCCGAAACUCUGCCUACCUCAACAACGAAAGCAGGAGCAUGCACAAUGGGCACCGCUUGGAUGCCAGGGCCUGGUGGAAGCUUCUUGAGCACCUGGCAAAGUGCAAGCCUGUCAAGCAUGCGCAUCGCACGCCUGAGAUUACCGUACCUCCAUCGCGCAGUGCCUGA